AUGGCAUCUGUGGCAUAUCGAGAGCCCCUGUCUACCACAGUGGGAAAACGCAUGAUUUUUACCGGCCCAGAUUAUAAAAAGGAUCAUCUACCUCAAGUUCAACAGCAUACCUCAUAUAUAGGAGAGAAGCAUCUGGCACUGGAGAGAACUGGAGACCUCAGCUAUUUAUGGAGGCCUGCCUCACACCUAAGCUUACCAGCAAAAUAUAAACAUGAAUAUGUUGGCGAAAUUGGCUGGGGAAUACCGCAGUAUGAUUUUAUCAACAAAACAAGGCUUAAGAGUGGCUUUCAUAUCCAGCAUAAAGAACUAAGGCGAGCUGCUAUUGAUGAAAUAAGCCACAGAUACCAAAACCCAUGGCAACCAAAACCUUAUAUUAUGAAUAUGCUAGGAAGAUUCAGCCGUGGUCGAAUUGCCUGGAAUAUGGGCGAUUAUGAGAACACCAAUCAAAGAAAUUCCAAAGGGGCCUCCCUCGUUAGACAGAGUAAGGCAGUUCCGCCAAGAGCUUCCAUUCUACCUAAGCUGCCAAAGCCAGCAAAAAAUGAGGUAUGA